AAGAAAGAAGAAACGUACGUAAGAGUUGGGACUGGAAGUUGUCUAUGGAUCCUUACUCCGACGAAAGACUCACCAAAGAGGUCCUCUAUCUUCACUCUCUCUGGCACCGCGGCCCCCCGAGGAACCCUAAACCCACUCACGACCAUUCAUCCACCGCCGUCGCCGAUCCGAAUCCCUCCAACAAGAGACCCAUAGAUCCAGAUAGGCGAAAGAACAAGAACAAGAAGAAGAAAAAACCACGCUCCGACCCACCACAAGACUCCGGCCCCGAAUGGCCCUGUCCAGAGCCGGUUCAAAAUCAGCCCUCCACGUCAUCUGGGUGGCCGCCAAUUCAGCCCGUUGCCACUCCGGCUGCUCAGCUUGUAUCGUCUGAAGAGCGAAAAAAUCUUGCCGCGUUGCAAUUGCAGUACAAGGGUUCCGAUGCUUGCCGGAAAUUUUUUGCUAGAAAUGCCGAUUCAGGGAGUGACGAAGAAGAGGAGGAGGAGGAGGAAGAUGAUGGGGAAAUGAUGGAAAGUAAAGAGUAUACAUUCUUUUUGAAGAUGUUCGUGGAGAAUGAAGAACUUAGGGUUUAUUACGAGAAGAAUUGUGAAAGCGGGUUGUUUUGUUGCUUGGUUUGUGUUGGAAUGGGGAAAAAGAAAUUUGGGAAAAAGUUUAAGAACUGUCUUGCGCUUGUUCAACAUUCGAUUUCGAUAUCGGGGACGAAGAAGAAACGAGCUCAUAGAGCUUUUGGGCAUGUUGUAAGCAGGGUUUUUGGUUGGGAUAUUGAUCGACUUCCAACGAUUGUGUUGAAGGGCGAGCCACUUAGUCGAUCAUUAGCCAAUUCAGGAGACUUGAAGGUUCAGCCAGAGGAAAUUCAUGUUGAUAAUAAAAAUGAAGUGGUUUCGGUGAGUGUCAAUGAGGACGAACAGAAAUUGGAGGAAGUAAAGACAGCUGAAGAUCCUACUUCUAAUUCUAAAGAUUUGAUUUCUGGAGAGAAUGAUGAUGCCUAUAAGGAUACUGAUGUCAAGCUGCAAGUAGAAAAUGCAGAUAAUUCAAUUUCAGGCAUGGGAGAAAGCAAUGGAGAAAUGGAUAAUUUGCAUGUAACGAUUUUGAGAGCAUGUAAAGAAUUUCAGGCAGCUUUCUUUAGAUCUAUGAACGAUGAUGAUGUUAGUGAAAAGGAGUCAACUGAUGGAGCUGAGGAGCGAGAAGAGUUCAAAUUCUUUCUGAAGUUGUUCACCGAGAAUGAAAACUUGAGAAGAUAUUAUGAGAACCACUAUGGCGAUGGAGAAUUUACCUGUUUAGCUUGCGAAGUAGCAGGAAGGAAAGUAAAGUGUUUUAAGACAUGUAGCCGCCUUCUCCAGCAUUCUACUCAACUAGGGAAGAAUAAUAUAGAGAAACAGGGUCAGAAGCCUCAGAAAACUAAAGUGUUGAAAAUGGGAAUGCUGGCUCAUAGGGCAUAUACUUCAGUUGUAUGCAAGGUUCUUGGGUGCGACAUUAAAAUGCUUCCUGCAAUCGUGUUAAACGGCGAAGCUCUUGGUCUUUCCUUAACGAAGUCAGACGUGUCAAAGUUGCAGGACAAAUCUGAUGUCCAAAUGCAGUCUAGUAAUGCGGAUGAUAUCGUCGAAGACGACUCGACAGAGGUUAACGAAUUGGAGGGUGUCGAAUAAACUGAUUCUACGAAGGUUGAUACCAAUGGUGAAGUUACUUUGAAGGAUGGUGCUCUAGAUUUUGUGAAGUGAGGUGUUUUUGACAGUUAAGAACAUAGAUGUGAUUUUGUUAGGCAACAGCCCUAAUAGUAAAAUUCUGCCUUCAGCAAAGUUUUUCUUUUUUCUUUUUUUAAAUUAUUACUCUUGUUUAUUUCCUUGUCCUAGAUUGUUAGAUGAAGGUCGUUUUGUGACAUUUUGGCUGUUUAUGAGAUUAGGAGAUAAUAUUCAAAAGAAAAUCAUUUUACCAAUUUUUGUCCA